AUGUUCGCUAAAGUUGUUCUCUCUUCCUUCUUGGCCUCUGCUGCCUUCGCUACCUACAUCAACAGCACCGAAAUCACCUCCACCGAAACCACCCACAGUAUGACCACCACUGUCAUCACUGUCACUUCUUGUGAGGAAGACAAGUGUCACGAAGAAGUCGAAACCACCGGUCUUACUGUUAUCACCCAAACCAUCGAAGGUACCGUCACUGAAUACACCACUUACUGUCCAAUCGAAGAAGAAUCUUCUACCCACAUCCCAUCUACUUCUCUCCCAUCUUCUACCUCCGUCCCACCAACCCACACUAACGGUACCACCACCCCUCCUCCAGAAACCACCGUUUCUUCCUCCAUCCCAACUCACCACCCAACCAGCAACAGCACUACUCACGAUGAACCUUCUAUCACCACCGGUGGUGCUAACAAGUUGGCUGCUGGUGCCGUUGCCGUUGCUGGUCUUGCUGGUGUCUUGUUGUUGUAA